UAAACCUAUUUAAAAUGGCUGGAGCAUUUAGUGACAGUAACGCUACCAGUACGGUGAAUGGUAAUCAGUCACUGAUGGCCUCGGUGUCAGUGGACAACGGUGCUUUGACAGAACCUUUGACUGGGGAACCUAGGGUAGAAAGUUCUAACGUCGUGGGCAAUGGAGGAAGGUCUAGAGAAUCUGGCAACAGUGUUGCAGAUAAUGCAAACGUGGCGGCUGCCCGUGGGUCAACUGAUGACUCUGGCCAAGUACUUCCUAUGCAGCCGGAGCAUACGAAGCCCAGAAAACGAAGCAGCAGAAGAUCAAAAAAAAUCAAGAAACUGUCAUGGCAUGAACAAAAGAAGGCCCGACAGAACCUUCGCCGUGUUCCUUUCCGAGACAACGAGGAACAAGCAAGCUCAAGUCAAGCAAAUGGGGAGAGUCCCGUUGACCAGAGUAAUUCGUCCGAAUUGGAGCAAAUAAUCAAUGAAACUCCUGCAGCGCCUGAAGUUGCAUCGCAACCUGUUGUCAGACAAAACAUUUCUCGGCCACUGAUUCAAGAAGUAAUAGCUGUUCAAGAGUUGGACCAAGAGUUUGGAGGCGCAUGCGGACAGGACGAAGAUAACGAUCAAGUGCAACGUCGCGAGACGUUGUCUUCGCCUGUUGACGACGAUAAUCCGCGCAACAACAGGGUGGAAUCUGGCUACUACAUAUAUGGUCCGACUGAGCUUUCAAGAGAUGAAUAUAUUCGGAUGAAUGUUGAAUGGGACGAUGAUGGUAUAGAGACGGUGACUAUCGAUCUGUUAAGCGUUCGGAUUCUUCCGAGACUUCGUUACGGGGAAAAUGGAUCCGCGGCACCGCCAAUCACAAGACAUAUUCGCGAGGCAAACCAAAGGCCACUCGGGAUUGGGAUACAGCUCAUCGUCUCUAAUUAGACAACAUUUGAAUUCUUCCAACUUCCAAGUCUGCCAAUACAGAAGUUGCCUUGAACUUUUUAUUAUAUAUCCAUUGCAUUAUAAACUAUAUCAAGACCCCAAAAAACGAAACCCAUAGAAUAUGUUCCAAAUUGCCUUGGGUCUGUUUUUAUGAGUCAUCCUGUAUUACUAGGGAUGGGCAAAAUAAAUAUUUUCAUCGAAUCGAGUAAUUAAAAUUUUUUUUAACGAAUGCGAAUAGUUCUAAACUUUUAAUAUAUAAUGAGAGCCGUACUUCGGACUUUGAUGGUCGAUACCUUGUGUUUAUACACAGCAAUGGUAAGAUUCAAAUAUUCCCUCUGGAUAUAUCCUUUGGCCAGUUUCAAAAGUAUUAAUUAAUUCCCGCGCUUCGUGGACAUCAAACUUUAUUUUCUAUUUAAUACUUGAAAGUGGGCGUUACGCAAGACUCACGGCAAAGUUCGCAAUUACCACGUCCUACGACAUCUCUGUUUAAAAUUUAAAUGGUGAUUAAAUCGACAAUGAUGAUUUUUUACAAAGCCAUAAUGAUAUUUUACGUGAAAAAGCCUCGGAUAUAUUUAUAUAUUCCCUGUAAUUAGAAUAGCGAAUGCCCUUGUGUGGUGUUACUUAAUUCACAAAGCAGGCAACAAAAAAUUUUCAAAUGGGAAUUCCACAAAUUUGGCGCCUUCUCGAUUUUGACAGCUGGUCUCUUCGCGCGGGAAAAAUUUCGCGCUGUUCAAGUGUUUGAAUCAACCAUCGUGUAAGUUCGUGUCAAAGUGAAUCGAAGGUUAUCAAAUAUGCAAAUAGCAAAAUUCCAUUCGAAUACUGUAUUUUAAUUUGCGCAUAUUUGCCCAUCCCUAGCCAUUAUUUAGCCACAUACAUGUUAGUAUUUCAUUAUCAUCAGCGCUAUUAGAGGGAAAAUCUUUGCGACAACUUUACAAUGAAUCCUAAUUCAUGAGAAAUUUAUAUUUGUCUGACGACUUUCCCUUUUCGUCUGAAACUAUUUUUCAGUAUUUGUAGGACUCAAGUAUUUGUAACACUGAUUUGGCCUCGCAAAUUUGCCAUUCUUAAGACCAAAAACCAGUGGACCAAAGUUCGAAAACGACGGAAUUCCAAUGACAAUUCCAUCAAUCAUGUUAUUUCACUAAUGUUUUACUUUUAUGCAUAAAAUGUAUUAGGGUUAAAAGUUUAUUCAAUACAACUAAUUGAUACGAGAUUAAAAA